AAAGCAGGACAGACGCGAUGAGGGGCGACCGAGCAUCGUCCGAGUGCCUUCGCCCGUUUAAACAGUGCACCGCUGGACGCCAUACUCGGCACGCCGUAGUUCCUUCACUCCGGCCGGCGAGCCAUGCUCGGCCUCUGAUCCUCGUGUUUGGCUUGUCAUCCGCGCGCAGAAGUGCCAGGACGCCGAGCGACUUCGGGCGGCGAGGAUGUUCCGCUGUCGGUGAGCCGGGACCUCGGCAAGGGACAAGGAGCAGAUAUGACGUCCGAGCGGUUUCACAAAGCUGCACGCGACGGCGCCUUGGACAUCUUAAAAGAAGCUACGAAAAAGGAUUGUAACGCACGGGAUGACGGAGGAAUGACCCCCACAUUAUGGGCAGCCUUUGAAGGUCACAUAGAUGUGCUGAGACUGCUCGUCGCCAAAGGGGGUGACCCCGACAAAACCGAUUAUUUCGGUAACACAGCCCUUCACCUAGCGGCAGCGAGGGGUCACGAGUAUUGCGUGAAGUUCCUCGUGAAAUUCGGCUGUAACAUUUGGUCGUUAGACAUUGAUAGACAUUCUGCCAGAGACUUAGCUGCCAUAAACGGGAGGGAAAUGAUCCUCCAAUUUCUAGACCUUGCACAGGCCGAUCAAGAACUGAACAACCGUAAAAAGAGCCGAAUACUCCGGGAGAAGGCUGAGAAAGAUGCCGAGAAAAGGUUAAAAGAAUACAUAAAGAAGCAAAAAAUGGCGGAAAUUAGAGCCGAGAAGGAACAAAAGAAAUUAUCGAAGGAUCGGACGAAAUUGGACUUGGCUACAGUGAACGAAGCUGGUAUUCUGCCUUACAAGCCCAGUAUAUUGACCUUCAAAGGUCGCGUGAAGCCUUCACCGACGUUCAGCGAUAUCGUCGGCACUAGCGCCAAGAAGCAUGGCAGCGCAGUGUGCAGGAAAGCUUUAGCAAGAAAGGCUGUCGAUGAUUUUAAAAUUGUAGAGAUUGAGGUAAAUGGGAAAAAGUCAAUUCGUAGCCUCACUGGCCUCAGAAGGGACUCUGAGAUCAUGUACGUAGGAACUUAUGAAACGCAAGCUCAGCAAAUGGGGAGAAGGGGGAAAAUCUCGGACGUUUGGGGUACUCUGAGCAAGGCGCAGAGCACGCCUGAUCUUUUAAGCGAUCGCGCAUUUGACGAGGAGGUGGAGCAUGAAGACGAAGAAGAAAUAAAUGGUAUCAGAGACACGGCCUUCCUGCAGGAACCGGCGAGCAUUUUUAAUCGACCUGGUUUUGGAUCGGUGGCAUUUAGAAGAGCGAUUACAACUACUUUUGAGAACAUACCUGUCACGCAACUGGAUUCGCAUCAACAAAAUGGUAACUCCUGCAUGAAUGGCUCUGUGAACGGUUCUAUAAAUGGCCAUCGAGCUAACUCGAAUGGACAUAACGAAGAAAUUAGCAUAGGAAGUGCGGGCAGCUUGGCUCGCAGGCAAGGCAUGUGGGAUGACGAUUUACUUUCAGAAGAGGAAGAGGAAGAGGAGGAGGAAGAAGAAACCGACGAAGAAUGGACACCACUGCAGAGAUUCUUAGUUGCCAAUAAUCUGUCAUCGACGCAUCCGAUUUUAGAGUCGGAACAAAUCGAUUUGGAGGCUUUAAUGUUGCUCACCGAAGCUGACAUCGCGGCCCUUAAACUUCCGCUUGGCCCUAAGCGGAAACUGAUGAACGCGAUAGCGAACCGGAAGAAAGCAUUGAACGCCCCAGAGAAUGUCAUCAAAGAUAGCAGACUGUAAAUGUUCUAAUACUACGGGAAACGUUAUUUCUAAUGUAUUUUUAUCUUGCCUGAAUAAGUUCUUAAGUGCCUAACGAAAUGCCAGGAAAGUAUCUUUUGAUAUAAAAAUACGUUGUAUAUAAGUAUUAAAAAAAUGUCUGCGCAAGCAUUCGGACUGCGAAUAUAGUUAGAAUUCGUACGGAAAAAGGAUUAUUUCUACGCGAUUGGACGUACGAAGAAAAUUCAGUGGAAUAAACGGGCUAAUAGAUAGAUAAUCACUAAUCACCUUUCGGUUACAAUAAAAUCAGAUUCAAUUAAUACAAAAAUGAAAGAAAAAAUCCGCGACGACAAUGCGACGACUAAAAGCUACAUUAAAAUAUAUAUGAAAUUAACAUUUAAAACAAUUUCGAAUAAUGACGAGGUUGUGAAGAGUCUCAAUUAGCCUUAAUUUCUUGUACUACGCACGGUGCCUUAAUCUAGUGAAACGUACUUCUCAUUAAAAGGAUGAAUGUAUAUCCCGUUGUUUGAAAGAAGACCUCCAGAAGAAAACGAGUCUGAGUGGUCGGAAUCUAGCGUGUUCUCGGCUCUAGCGUGCGGUUGGUCGAAACGGUCACGCACACUAAUUACGUCGUAUCACGCAACGCACAUAGCUAAAGACCCCUCUUGCCCCUGUGACGUCACGGCGGUCUUCUUUCAAACAACGGACGACAAAUGGACGUGUAAAUGCCAACCGAACGAAAUGUACCUCCUCGAAUCUCCCGAGUAACGUAAGAAAGGAAAAUUCGAUUUCGCGAUCGUUCGUCGACCCAUUUGUGUAAGCGAAAGAAAUUUUAUACGAAUUGUACAAAUCAAAUGCGGGAAGAAAAAUAAAAAGUCGUGUAAAUACGGUAAUAUUAUAUUGUAUAGAGAAUGUUUGUGUUUCCAAUAUGUAUGUCAUUGAAAGACGGCGACCAAGAGAGAAGUAAGACAAUAACGUUUAAGUAAUGUUUUCUUCGUAAUUUUAUUUGUAAAUGAUUAUCUUACAAACAAGAGACGCAAAAAUAUAGAAGCUCCUUAUGUUCGCAAAAAAAUAACAGCACCAUUUCUCGCUCUCACCACGAACAUAAACAUUUUUGUGUCAUAUCACGGCUCUUUUGUGUUCGUGCAAUUAUUAUAGUACGAUAGUACAGUUGUUGGGAGACAAGGGUAUGUCACGUUGCGAUUAAUGUGCAUUCAGAAUAAAAAAAAGGCUCGUAGAAAAUUUCUCGGCGGCCGCGUAUCGGUAACACGUACACAAAACUUCUACGCGCCUGUAUGACCAGCGUACGAACUACAUUUACUGUGAAAAAGAUAUGAUACAGAAGUGAUUCCUUGCGAUCCCACAUACUAAGGCUGUACGAUUAAUCGAUUAAUGCACAAUAAAUACAAUGAUGUGCGAUCGUCCGAUCCGAUUAUCCUAAAUAGCUAUCGACUCGUUAAUAUAAAAACGGAUUAAAUUCUUUUCCUCUUCAUUUACAAUUAAUCGAUUAAUUUCAGAGCCCAAUAAGCUACCUUGUCUAUUUCUAUACGAAUACAGAACAGUCGGUUUUGUAUAAUGGCAACAUCUUCAUUGGAAACUUCUUGUGUUACUUUUUUCUCUUUUCAUUUUUGGCAGCGAGUACGAAUUACGCAUUCCCCUUGAAAAAAAGACGGAAGUCAUUGGCAUUAAAAAAAUAACAAUUAUUUUUAAUGUAAAAUCUAAACCCCUUAUUGAAAGACAUGCUAUUCGUACACCCUCCUACGUCAGUUGAUAAUCUCGAAACACAAAGGAAAGACUCGCUUCAAGCGGACAAUUACUUAUAAAGAAGUUCGUUUUAGCAAUAAAUAGUG